CGCAGCUUUUCCUGUCUGUGCAGAUUUCUGUCUGGUUAUUUUUCUUAUAUUAGCAUUGUGCUGGAUAUUCACUUAAUAGGAAAGGAGAGUUUUCAUUUUAAAAGCAUCAUGAGGCACCUACUUUCACAGGGGCACAAGCCCCCUGUGUUGUUGGUGAGCGAGCAUUUAAGAUGUCACUGAGCCGUGAAAGAAGAGUAAAUACCUCAGCGCUGGAGAAAGUUGCAGCAGACAUGAGCAAUUUAAUAGAGAACCUGGACACUAGGGAGCUCCACUUUGAGGGGGACGAGGUGGAUGCUGACGUGUUGAAUGAUCCGAAAACAACUGUGGGCAUCCCAUUCUCUGCAAUUUAUAACACUCAAGGGUUCAAAGAACCUCAUAUACAGACAUAUCUAACCGGAUGUCCGAUUAAAGUCCGAGUUCUGGAAGUAGAACGCUUUACCUCAACAAAAAAGGUACCAAGUCCAAAUGUUUACACUAUUGAGUUCACACAUGGGGACUUUACAUGGCAAGUGAAAAGGAAAUUCAAGAACUUUCAAGAAUUCCACAGGGAACUGCUGAGAUACAAAGCCUUCGUACGAAUUCCUAUCCCUACAAGGAGUCACACAGUUAGAAGACAGACUAUCAAAAGAGGAGAAGCGAGGCAGAUGCCGAGUCUGCCACGCACGUCUGAGAACAUGGUCCGAGAAGAACAUUUUUCUAGUAGAAGAAAACAACUGGAAGACUACUUGACAAAGAUCUUAAAAAUGCCCAUGUACAGAAACUACCAUGGAACGAUGGAAUUCAUUGGUGUAAGUCAGCUGUCAUUUAUCCAUGAUCUAGGACCAAAAGGCAUAGAAGGUAUGAUCAUGAAACGAUCAGGAGGCCACAGAAUACCCGGUCUGAACUGCUGUGGGCAAGGAAGGGCCUGCUAUCGAUGGUCCAAAAGGUGGUUAGUAGUGAAAGACUCUUUCCUAAUGUAUAUGAAGACGGAUAGCGGAGCCAUUUCCUUUGUCCUGUUGGUAGAUAAAGAAUUCAGCAUUAAGAUUGGCAAGAAAGAGACUGAAACAGAAUAUGGGUUACGGAUUGACAAUCUCUCCAGGUCAUUGAUUUUGAAGUGUAACAGCUACAGACAUGCCCGAUGGUGGGGACAGGGAAUAGAAGAGUUCAUUCAGAAAAAUGGCAAAAACUUUCUAACACAUCACAGAUUCGGGUCGUAUGCAGCUAUACAGGAGAAUACUUUGGCAAAGUGGUAUGUAAAUGCAAAAGGGUAUUUUGAAGAUGUAGCAAAUGCCAUGGAGGAAGCGAAAGAAGAAAUUUUCAUCACAGAUUGGUGGUUGAGCCCAGAAAUCUUUAUGAAGCGACCCGUGGUAGAAGGAAAUCGCUGGAGACUAGACUGCAUUCUCAAGCGGAAAGCACAACAAGGAGUGAGAAUUUUUGUAAUGCUCUACAAAGAAGUGGAGCUUGCUCUAGGAAUCAACAGUGAAUACAGCAAGCGGACCCUAAUGCGUCUACAUCCAAACAUCAAGGUGAUGAGGCAUCCAGAUCACGUGUCAUCCUCAGUGUACCUGUGGGCCCAUCAUGAGAAGCUCGUUGUCAUUGACCAGUCUGUAGCAUUCGUUGGUGGCAUUGACUUGGCCUACGGGAGGUGGGAUGAUGAUGAGCACAGGCUGACCGACGUUGGCAGUGUGAAACGAAUUGCAGGAACAAAGUCCACAUCUACAGUGAAUCUCAUACCUAGAGCCGAGUCCACGGAAGCUUUAGCCCUGAAAACUCAGCCUCUGGGGAACCUGCCACAGCACAGAAAUAGUGAUGACAUACUAGAUUCUUCAAGAAUGAAAGGAAUAGGAAAACCCAAAAAGUUUUCCAGGUUUAGCAUUUAUAAGCAUCUCCAGAAGCACGGCCUACACCAUGCUGAUAGUGUGAGCAGUAUAGACAGUGAGUCAGGUUAUUGUAAUCCUAGCAGAAGCCAGCAGAAUUUAAUCCAGAGUUUAAAACCCCACCUGAAAAUGUUUCAUCAUCCCACUGAGUCCAAACAAGGGCUCACUGAGUGUGAGGACGAUAAAGGAUCAAUCCGCAGCUUGAAGACAGGUGUUGGAGAACUUUUUGGGGAGACCAGGUUCUGGCAUGGAAAGGACUAUUGCAAUUUCGUCUUUAAAGACUGGGUUCAACUUGACAAACCCUUUGCUGAUUUCAUUGACAGAUACACCACACCCAGAAUGCCAUGGCAUGAUAUUUCAUCCGUUGUGCAUGGCAAAGCUGCACGGGAUGUUGCUCGACACUUUAUUCAGCGCUGGAACUUCACAAAGAUCAUGAAGCCCAAAUACAGAUCCCUGUCCUACCCAUUUCUGUUGCCAAAAUCUCAUCAAACCGCCGGUGAGAUGAAGUAUCAAGUGCCCGAGUCUGUAUGUGCCAAUGUACAGGUCCUCCGUUCUGCUGCAGAUUGGUCAGCUGGUAUCAAGUACCAUGAAGAAUCCAUCCACAAUGCUUAUGUUAGCGUGAUAGAAAACAGUAAACACUACAUCUAUAUUGAAAACCAAUUUUUUAUUAGCUGUGCUGAUGACAAAGUCGUUUCUAACAAGAUUGGAGAUACCAUUGCUCGGAGGAUUCUUAAAGCACACAGGGACAACAAACGAUACCGAGUGUAUGUGGUGAUCCCGCUGUUGCCUGGAUUUGAAGGAGAUAUUUCAACUGGAGGUGGGAAUGCACUGCAAGCCAUAAUGCACUUCAACUACAGGACCAUGUGCAGAGGAGAUAAUUCUAUCCUGGAACAGUUGAAAGCAGAGAUUGGAGAUCAGUGGAUAAACUACAUAUCGUUCUGUGGGCUUCGAACCUACGCUGAGCUGGACGGAAAUCUUGUCACUGAACUCAUCUAUGUUCACAGCAAAUUGCUUAUAGCUGAUGACAACACUGUCAUCAUUGGCUCUGCUAACAUCAAUGACCGCAGCAUGCUGGGAAAACGCGACAGUGAAAUGGCUAUCAUUGUGCAAGACACCGAAACCGUCCCUUCAGUGAUGGAUGGAAAGGACUACAAAGCCGGACGAUUUGCUCAGUCACUCCGCCUCCGGUGUUUUAGGGUUGUUCUUGGUUGUCCAGCAGACCACAAUGCUGAUCUUCAGGAUCCAGUCUCUGACAGAUUCUUCAAGGAGGUGUGGGUUGCAACAGCUGCCCGCAAUGCCACUAUUUUUGAUAAGGUGUUCCGAUGCCUUCCCAGUGAUGAGGUGACAAAUUUAGCCCAGCUGCGUGACUUCAUCGCCAAGUCAAAACUGGUAACCCAAGAUGCUGCAAAAGCAGCAGAAGAAUUAAAGAAGAUUCACGGAUUUCUAGUGCAAUUCCCCUUUCGUUUCCUGUAUGAAGAAAACUUGCUGCCUUCUGUUGGAACAAAAGAAUCCAUGGUACCCAUGGAAGUUUGGACUUAGGGUGAUUUAGACUGCAUCAGAAUUUAAAGUCUGGUUCCUGGGAGACAGUUUGCAUACCUGAUGAUUUCAGGAAGCUUUUUAUUGCCAAGGUAGCCACCAAAAAGGUCUCCAUCAAUCUAAUGUGCCUUUCUUAAGGAUUUUGGUGGAACAGCUUCAGACAAAAUGACACUGUUAUGGGUAGGGAAAGAAAAUUUGGCACUGAUCAUCAUUGACAAGUUCU